UUUUGAUAUGAUUUCAAUCACAUCUGGUACUCUCCUUCUGAAGCCAAUUUUGGCGGCGAUUCGUAGGCAGUUUUUUUAGCGCAUUCUAAUCUGCAACAGUAACGUGUUCUGGGUGUUUCAGGAUGUCGUUGAAUGACUUUUUUGCUAAACAAAAUAAGAAAAAGUCUAAGAAAAAACAAAACCCAACGGAACUAAUGGACUUGCUCACAAAAGGGGGUGAAGUACUCAAAUCCUACCCAGAAUCUAAUGCUCCACAAGAGAACAAGGCUAUUAGUUCUGAGAAAGAUGACGAGUGGGAAAUUAUAGACGACGAAAAAGAAAUAGAUCUUCAGAACAUUCGGGUGUACAAUCUGUCCUCAACCAUAACUGACGAUUCUGCUAAAAAUUUGUCUAAAACCAAAGAUUCUCGUGAAGGUGAUGGUGAAUCUGUGGUGGAGAAAAAGGCUUGGGGUGCAAAGCCAGUCGAAGCUCCCGAACCCGUAGAAGCAGUUGUACAACCACCACCUAAACCUAACGUCUACAUUCCUGCUCCAUUGAGACCAGGAGGCAGUGGUUGUGGUCCUGUAGCCCCAAAGCCAAAUGUAACCAGUUCAAUGGAUUUUCCUACCUUAGAUGCAUCUGUAAAUGAACCUCAGAAGAAGGAAACUGAACCAAAUAAUGAUAAUGAUGAUAAGAACGUACCUUGGCAACAGGCAGGUGUGCGUCGUGCUAAUCCAGUAUCUAGUGCAUUACCAAUAGCCAUCAGUACCGCAACGUCCGCAUAUGUCCCACCGAGUUUGCGACAGACAGGGGCUCCAGGUUUCAAAAGUGUGGGUCCAGGUUAUACAGGAGAUGGCUUCCGGCCUCAUAACGACCCACCUUUUUGUUCAGAUAUAGAUCCAGGAUUUAAAAGAUUUACUGAAAACCCAGGACUUCGUGAAACCGCUUCUUCAGCUGGCGGUUGGGCUAGAGGAAAUAUUAUCAGUGUCAAUCCCACUAACAAUCCUGCUGGACAUCUGCCGCCGAAUUCCUCAGAUACAAGUUUCCACACAGUUUCAGAAAACACAAAUGGAUGGUCUAGAAAUGUAAAUGUGAAGACUUACAAAGAUGUACGCGAGACGCCUGGGCUAGAAAUCGACUUAAAAAACCGAUUCACAGCAUUUAGUGAAACCUGAGACUAACUAUCAAAUCAGUUUUCAUCAGUUUAUCUAUUAAUUUCCAUCUUACGAAAGUAAUGAUUAAUGCCUAGUAUCUCUGGAAAGUGAUAUUUUGAACAAUUUCGAAGAACAGCAAUGGGAGAUUAGUGGUUGACUGUACAUUAAUUUUUGAUAAGUUUCUAUUUCUAAUGGAAAGUAUCACGUGCUUAUUUUCCUCCUAUUAUAACAGGUAGCCUUGAUGAAUUAUCUUUGAUAGAUGUGGUUGACUUUCACUUAACAGAACUGAUUUCCAAUGUGUGGUGAAAGUCUUUUGAUUAUCACAAUGUUUUGAAAGCAACAUCUUUUGGUUGUUCUAUCGUUUUAAUGCUCUGAGAUUUUGAGACUCGUUAUUUUUUUCGAUGAGGCGUUUGUUUAACUUAACAUUUUACUAUUUUUCUUAUGAAGUUCACGAGAUUAGUGCAUGUUAUUCUAAAAACUACUUUUGUUCUCAGAUAUGCUGGAUUUUUGUAAAACCUCGUUUUCGUUGUUUUGGAUCCUGGUAAUUCGGUUGAGAGUAUUCAGCACUUACUUCUGUUUUACAUUACAGUUAAUCGAUUACAGUCGGGUACUGCAUACUUAUUACAUAGUUGCUCAGAAAUGUCAUACCAUUACACAAGUGUUGCUGACAAGUUACAGAGAACACUCAUAGUUUAGAUAUGGAAUAAACAUAAUUAAGUUUCUGCACUGAUGUUACACUUUUUUUUAUCUUGCAUUGUGCAGCAGCUGAGCUUUAGUGGGAGCGUUUUGUUGGUUCCAAACAUUCCAAGAGUCACAUUGUUUCAUUUAUUCAUACCGUAAUUGAGUACUUUCUGAUCAGUUUUGGUCACUCGGGAAAAGUUAAUUAAAGAGAGUCUUAAGACUUAGUAAUUACUGCCAAGAGACGAAGUUUUAUUGUAAUCAUCCUUCCCUAUGUUGCUUCAUUUUGUUUAUGAAGUGGAGUUAAAAGAAGUAGAUCUCAGAAACUGUACGUUACCCCUCUCAGAAACAGAUUAAACUUUCCUGUUACUAUUAUUCACAAGAAGAUCAGUUUUAAUUAGUCUCAAAUGGUCCGUACGGUCGCACCAUGAUAAUUAAUGUUUUUUUUCACAGAGGAUUGAAGAAAAUUCGUUAAUGAUCACUGAUUCUUCAGCUAACUGAUACCUGACUGUUAAGCCUCAUGGGUUUCGUAUCAUUUACAUACGGUUUUUAUGCCAACCCCUAUCCGAUACAGUGUUUCGGU